AGCGCACGUCAGGGCCGAGCCCCUCGCCUUUCCUCCGCCCGCGGGUUCCGCUGUCCCGCCGCUUCUGUUCCCCGUGUCCCGCAUUGUGCUCCCGCAGCCACCGCCUCAGCCCGGCCCGGCCCCGGACCCCGCUCCUCGACAGCCACGCAGCGCGAAGAUGGCGGCUUUCAAAUUCCUCCUGCCGCCCCUCGGCCGCCGCAUCCUCCUCCCCGCAGCGCGCAGGGCUGAGAUUUGUGGAUGCUAUUUUUCUACCAGCUGUCAUCGCAACACCAAAUUUUACACUGAUCCUGUUGAAGCUGUAAAAGAUAUACCCAAUGGGGCAACUAUACUUGUUGGUGGUUUUGGAUUGUGUGGGAUUCCUGAAAACCUUAUUGGGGGUUUACUGAAGACUGGAGUAAAGGGAAUAACAGCAGUCAGUAACAAUGCAGGUGUUGACAAUUUUGGGCUCGGUCUUCUGCUUCAGACAAAGCAGAUAAAACGCAUGGUGUCAUCGUAUGUUGGAGAGAACGCUGAAUUUGAACGCCAGUAUUUAUCUGGUGAGCUUGAAGUUGAGCUUACACCACAGGGUACACUUGCUGAACGUAUUAGAGCAGGAGGAGCAGGAAUCCCAGCAUUUUACACCAGUACUGGCUAUGGGACGCUGGUGCAGGAAGGGGGUGCACCCAUCAAGUACAACACAGAUGGCACCAUUGCCAUUGCCAGCCAGCCAAGAGAGGUGAGGGAGUUCGAUGGCCGUCACUUUAUUCUGGAGAAAUCGAUUACAGGAGAUUUUGCUCUUGUGAAGGCAUGGAAGGCUGAUCGUGCCGGAAACAUAAUUUUCAGGAAAACUGCAAGAAACUUCAACCAACCUAUGUGCAAAGCUGCAAAGACAACAGUAGUAGAGGUAGAAGAAAUUGUUGACAUAGGAGCAUUUGCCCCAGAAGAUAUUCAUGUUCCCAAAAUCUAUGUUGAUCGUCUGUUACAAGGAGAGAAGUUUGAGAAAAGAAUUGAACGCUUAUCAAUCCGAAAGCCUGAAGACUCAACAGCCAAACAAAAAAAAGGAGACAAUGUGAGGGAGAGGAUCAUCAAACGAGCUGCUUUAGAGUUUGAGGAUGGCAUGUAUGCUAAUCUGGGUAUUGGAAUCCCACUGUUGGCCAGUAACUUCAUUAGUCCAGACAUAACUGUUCACUUACAGAGUGAAAAUGGAGUCCUGGGUUUGGGUCCUUAUCCACUUGAAAAUGAAGUAGAUCCAGAUUUGAUUAAUGCAGGUAAGGAGACAGUCACUGUUCUUCCAGGUUCUUCCUAUUUCUCUAGCGAUGAAUCAUUUGCAAUGAUAAGAGGAGGUCAUGUUGAUUUGACAAUGCUUGGAGCUAUGCAGGUGUCUAAGUACGGUGACCUGGCCAACUGGAUGAUUCCUGGUAAGAUGGUGAAAGGAAUGGGGGGUGCCAUGGACCUGGUAUCCAGUGCACAAACCAAAGUGGUUGUCACCAUGGAGCACUCAGCAAAGGGCAACGUCCAUAAAAUCUUGGAAAAAUGCAGUUUACCACUUACUGGAAAACAAUGUGUUGACCGCAUCAUUACAGAAAAGGCAGUGUUUGAUGUGGACAAGAAGAAGGGAUUGACCCUCAUAGAAAUCUGGGAAGGGCUGACAGUAGAUGAUAUCAAGAAAAGCACUGGCUGUGACUUUACAGUUUCACCGAAACUAAUACCAAUGAGGCAGAUUUAAAUGCGAAUUACAGACUGGGCUUAAUUCCUAAGAAGGCUUGUUUCCAAAUGGAAGAAAUUGAUGACUGUCUUGCAAUUUUACUUUUUUUUUCCUUUUCUUAUUUUUUAAGGGCUCUCUAAGUAGUUUCCAGAUAGUUAAACUCAGGCUGUGACUAUAAGCCUAAUUGUAUUCUGCUUUCAUAACAUUAGCAACUUUAUUGGGUUGGUGAAUAUAUUCUCUAAGUUUUGAAUCAUAUUAUAGUAAAAUGUUAAUGGUCAUUGUAAAAAAGAAAAAAAAAUGCCUUGUAGUGUCUCUGCCAAAUACUAGGUAUUUUUACAUAGAAUUAGAAAAAAACAUGUAAAACUUAUGAUUGCCUCUGUGUUUCCUGAUAUCUAUUGCUCUGGAACUGCAGCGCUUAUCAUGUCCAUUCUCCUGUAAAGGUGUGGGUUUUUGUUUUCUGGAGUGAUCUAUAACAAAUAUAUGUAUCCUGUAGAGAGAUAUUUGGAAUAUGGAUGUUCCUUUUCCUGAACCUUUUCAUCGGUCUGUAACAAAAUUGUUUAAACCAGUGGAAAUAAUUGGGACCUAAAUAUAUCUGCUGUUUCCACACUGUGUGGCUGUUGGUACUGAGAGGCCUACACCUCCCAAGGUACAACUAUGACCCUUCAUAUUUCAGUCAUACAAGCUAGAAUGGGGCUAGUGUGAAGGAGGAAGAUGAAAAAGUGUCUGUCCUCAUGCAGACAACUGGUAGCUGCACAAUUUCCCAUGUGAACUGCUCUUAUUCUCCAGAUGUAAUGCUCCUCCCCAACUCCCAAAUGAAUAUUGUUUCUGGAGUCAGGUCUGUCCUUCCAGUGUCUCACAGAGAAGCAGGAGAAGAGAAGGUUGUGGACACUUUGAAGAUUCUUCUGAAGGGAAUACAGAUGGUUAAGGGUAAAAGCAAUAUGCACCACUUGUCAGUCAAGGCACCAGCAAAAUCUAAACAGUUUGGAAUGCAAUUUCAUUAUAACUUGAGACAAUCAAAGCAAAACGACAUUAUCUCAGAGUAAUUUUGAUGAAGGCCUUCUUUUCCCUGUUAAUUACAAAAUCAUUUUUAUAGUUUGUUACUUUUGCAAACAGAUAGUAUGACAGCUUUGGAUCUCACAUACCAAAUCAGUACAAUAUGUCUUUAUUAUACAGAGCACGAAUUGACUGGAAAUCGACAUUUACUAAAAUACAGUGUUCUCUGCAA